UGGGCGGACAAUGGCCUGCAAUGGCUAAGGCUUUAAUGCCAAUCGAUAUUUUCAGAAAUAAAGUCGAAGAAUGUCAUCAAAUAUUACUUGAAUUUAAUGUUGAUUUAAAACAUUGGUUACUCUCUGAAGACAACACUUCCAUCUCUACAAUGACUGCUAAGUUCUGUACGACAACUGCUAUAGAGUUGGCGUUGUUUGAUGUGAUUAAAGCAUUGGAUAUCACUGUCGACGGUAUUAUUGGACAUUCAUUUGGUGAGAUAGCCUGUGCUUACGCUGACGGAUGUCUGACCACAAAAGAGGCAAUGAUUUUGUCAUAUUUUAGAGGAGCCGUCACUGAAAACGAUAAGAAACUACCGAAAGGUUUGAUGGCUGUCGUGGGUCUGUCGAGAAACGAAGCAAAGAAAUUGUGUCCACAAGGAGUGUAUGUGGUCUGCAAUAAUGCCAAAGACAGUGUUGUCGUAUCUGGCAAACAACAAGAAAUGGAGGAAUUGAUUGAAAAGAUACGAUCUAUGGGUGUAUUUGUUCGCCAAUUGGACAGCAGUGGUAUACCCUAUCACUCGCCAUAUAUGCAUAGCUCGGUUAAGCCAUUGAUAGAGACAACCAGAAAAUACAUACCAAAACCACGGCUCAGAUCCAGCCGAUGGUUAUCGACAUCAGUGGUAAACUUAGAACAACAGGACAAUGAUAACAACGACAUCUUGAAAUAUGCUUCUUCAGAGUAUUUUGCAUAUAAUCUGUUAAAUUCCGUCUAUUUUUAUGAUCGUUUGAAAACACUUCCGACCGAUUCGAUUGUCAUAGAGAUGGGUCCGCAUUCGGUAUUCGGCAAAAUAGUUACCGAUACUCUUCAGUCGGCCACUUAUUUGUCGUUUAUGAAGAAAGACUCGAACGACACUAAUUUGGAUCUGUUUUUGUCGGGUUUGGCCAAACUAUACGAAUUGGGAUUAAAUCCGUCUAUCGAUAAGCUCUAUCCGCCGGUCGAAUGGCCAGUGGCCAGAAAUACGCAAUCAAUAGGGUCGCUGAUCCGAUGGGAUCAUUCGAAACAAUACUUUUGCAAAAAAUAUCCCGAUUUUUAUGCCCGAACCACGGCAUCGGAUAUGAACGUUGCGGUCAACAUACAGAUGCCUGAAGAUUGUUAUUACGCCGAUCACGCUGUCGACGGCAACAUACUAUUUCCGGCCACCGGCUAUAUAAUGUUAGUCUGGCGACACUUUGCCAGCUAUUGCGGCAAAAUCUGGGACCAGACGGCCGUUCACUUUGAAAAUAUUCAAUUCAAACGACCAGUUUUUCUGUCCGAUUCGUCGCCGACACGACUCAAAGUCAGAUACUUUCAAAAUAGUCAUGAUUUUAUAGUUAUGGAAAGUGACAGCAUAUGUUGUUCGGGUAAAGUUAGCCGAUUGACCGAUGAUGGACUAUACGCACAGAAUCUAAUCUAUGAGAAUGAUGAGCACAUGGAACUAACCGAUGAGUAUAAGCUGACCAGAGACGACAUCUACAAAGAUUUACGUAUUGUUGGCUACGAUUACGGACCGGCAUUCAGACGACUGAAAAGCGUUCGGACCAACAAUUUUGUCGAAAUACUCGGUAGUUGCGAAUGGAACGGACUGUUUGUACCGUUCCUCGACUCUCUACUACAGUCGUCGGCAUUUGUGUUACCGUUUCGUAAGCUAAUGGUACCCGUAAUGAUCAAAUCGCUUAAAAUCGAUCCGAAACUGUUUUUCGAGGCUAUUGUCAAAAAUCGUGUGACUGUCGAUGACAAUGACGACGACGCUAUUGCCAACACCGGCAAAAACAAGCAAGAAGUGGCCGAAACUGUAGCCGAAGAGAAACGUACGGAACUGGAUGAAGAAGAAGUGGCAGUUUCUAUAAUACAAGAACUGGAACAGACCAAUGAAAUGAACGAUCAGUUUUCUGAACGCUUUCAUAAAUACCAAUCGUUGGUAUCGUUUUAUUUUGAUUACGACUCGAAAUUGUUGGUCACCUAUGGUAUUGAAGUCUGCGAUCUCAUAAUGUUUCCCAUUUCCCGUCGAUCAGACAAUCAGGAUCUGGUACUCGAUUCCUAUGAGUUUGUCGCCAAUGAGGACAUGGAUGCCAUCGAACCGUCCCAUAAGCAACUUAAGUCGAAACCUGAAUAUGAUUUUGUUAAAGAUAUCACUAAUGAGAUCCAUACAAAUGAUUUGUUGUUACGAUCGUUGGUCGAUAUUGUCAAUGAAAAUUUGGUGCCACAAAAAUCGGUAAAAGUUAUUGAAAUUAACUUAACUCAAGGAUUGUUGGCCAAAGAGAUUGAAAAUUUGAUAACAAACUAUAAUCUCCUUCCCAUUGAUGUCGACUACAAACUAAUCGUCCGAUCGAUUGAUGUAUUGCUAAACGAUUUAUCAUUACAGGACAGAUAUGCUGCCAGUGUUUGGCAAACAAGUGAUAGUGAUUUUCCAACUGAUAUAUCAAUUGGCGAUUUUAUUAUGUUUAGAGACUCUCAGCAUAUAUAUGAUGACAUCAACAUAGAUGUCGACAAAUUUAUCUUAAAUUUAAGCGACUAUAUUGUCAGCAAUGGAUUUUUGUUGACAAUUCAUAAAUAUAUGUUUACGGAUACAGAGAUGAUGUUAAACAAUGACACAGUUAACAAUAGAAAACUGUUGGACAACUCGUUUCUUGAGCAACGGAUCGACCAGUUUAUUACGGCUGCUAAUCGAGCGGGUCUUCGGCUAAUUGGCCGCAAAUAUGACACCAUCGGUACUAUGGCUCUACUGUUUCGCAAAACUGUUGGCGAACUGGUCAAUGGCAACCCUGAUUUACCAAAAAUGAUCAUGGUAGAUUCAUUUAUGUAUGACAAUUGGUUGCCACAAAUCAGGGAUAAAAUAAUUGAAAAUAAUGAAACCAAUAGAUCAAGUGACACGGUUUGGUUGAUAGCCAAUGAUUCCCAUAGAAACGGUAUUUUAGGAUUAAUUAAUAGUCUAAGACUUGAACCGGGAGGCAAUCGUUUCAAAUGUAUUAUCGAUUACAAUACUAUAACCGGCAAUAAUGAUAUCAAUUGUUUGGAUUAUUAUCAAAAAUACAAACAUAUUUUGGCCAAUAGUUUGUCAGUCAAUGUAAUCAAUAAAUAUGAUGACAAAAAUCAACCAAAAGUGGGAACUUAUAGACAUCUUAAGCUAAAUAAAGAUUACGAUAAAAUCAUAUCCAAUGACUAUUUCUUGAAUGUCGGUCAGGGAAGAGAUCUAUCAAGUCUUCAAUGGUUUGAUUCGCGAUGUUUGGUGUCGUCCGAUGAAGGCGUCUAUGAUUUUUCAAAUAACCGAAUAAAACAAAUACCGAUCAAUAUAUACAGUUCUGGACUAACAUUUCGCGACAUUAUGUUUGCAACCGGUCGUAUACCGAGUGGACCGAUGCUAUUAUUUACCGAUUGUCUCAUUGGUAUUGAGUUUGCUGGCCGUCGGAUUGACAAUGGAGAGCGGAUUAUGGGUUUUGAUAUAACCCGAUGUUAUGCGACUAGUAUUCAUGGAAAUGACAAUUUUAUAACUAAAAUACCGAAUCACUGGUCAAUGGACGAUGCGGUUACUAUAUUGAGCACAUAUAGCACCGUAUGGUAUGGUUUGAUAGAUAGGGCUCACUUAAAGAGAAAUGAAAGCAUUUUAAUACAUUCCGGUACUGGAGGUGUGGGUCAGGCGGCCAUAAAUAUAUGCCAAUACUAUAACUGCGAUAUCUUUGUGACGGUUGGAACUGAAGACAAAAAACAGUUUCUUAUCAAAGAAUAUAAUAUUCCUGAAAACAGAAUAUUCAGUUCAAGAGAUAUAUUGUUUAAGUUAAGGAUAAAACAGAUGACUAAAGGAAAAGGAGUCGAUUUGGUAUUGAAUUCAUUGACCGGUGAAAAAUUGGACGCCAGUUACGAGUGUCUGGCAAAUAGGGGUCGGUUUGUUGAACUGGGAAAGUAUGAUCAAAUGAAAAACAAACAGAUCGGUAUGUUUGACUUUUUGAGAGACAUAUCGUUCAUUGGUGUGGCUGUCGAUAUGUGUCUGUUUGAGGCUCAGGAUUUUACAAUCAAUUUCUAUGAUUGGAUGCAUAAAAACUCUUCAAAUGGAUGUAUUAAACCAAUUAAUAGGACUGUAUUUGGUGUUAAUGAAGCGGAAAAGGCAUUCAGAUAUAUGACAACCGGUAAACACAUCGGAAAAAUUAUUCUUAAGAUUAGAGACGAAGAAUCCGAUAGAAAUGCUGUUAAAGAUAUGAAUCCAUCCAUUAGUUUGUUAGUAAAAACUAAGACAUACUUUAAUCCAAAUAAAGUCUAUAUAAUAACGGGUGGUUUGGGUGGUUGUGGUCUAGAAUUAGUUCAUUGGAUGCUAUAUAAGGGGGCAAAAAAGUUUGUACUAAACUCACGCAAUGGCAUCAAAAAUGAUUAUCAAAAAUAUAUUUUGAAACGUUUAGAAACUUUCGGUAAAAAAUACAAAAUGUUUUCAUCGGAAAUCAUAGUAUCGACAGCUAAUUGUCAGACAAUUGACGGCACAAAACAACUUUUAGAUGAAUCACAACAAUUGGGUAAAACAAUUGGCGGUGUCUUUCAUUUGACACUAUUAUUGAAUGAUCUGUUGCUGGAAAACCAAACAACUGAUACAUUUGGUUCAACUGUUGCCUCAAAAUAUAAAAUAUUUGAUAAUUUGGAUCAAAUGACUCGCAAAUUGGACAUCAAUUUAGACCAUUUUGUUGUAUUUUCGUCGUUAAUUGCGGGCAAAGGAAACGGCGGUCAAAGUAACUAUGCUUUUGGUAACUCAAUGUGCGAACGAUUAUGUGAACAAAGAUCUGGUGAUGGAUUGAAAGCACUGGCCAUACAAUUUGGUCCGAUCGGUGAUGUGGGCGCCCUGUCUAACAAGGAUCAGGUCGUCCAGAUGUCUAAUAUGAAGAAACAGAGAAUCAAUUCGGUUUUUGAAGUCAUGGAUAGACUACUGGCCGUCGAUAAGCUGAUUGUCACUUCAUAUCUAAAAUCUGAAAGAAUAAUACAAUCGGGAAGUCGUCAGAAACGUGUGAUUAAGGAGAUGUGGCGGGCAUUGGGUAUCGAUCCGGACAAUACUCCCGAUUAUCUAUCACUGGGAGAGAUAGGACUCGAGUCGAUGUUUGCCGUAGAACUUAAACAAGAGUUGGAACGGGAGUACAAUAUUAAGAUGUCGUUAUAUCACGUCAAGAAUAUUACCGUCCGAUUACUCAAAGAGUAUGAGUCGGGUCGGGUUGAAGACUUUAAUCGAUACGUCCAGGAGAUCAAAGUGGCCAAAACUAAUCUAUUAAAGUGUAAAUUCAUUAUACCUACCAAUAGGAUCACCAAAUUGAAUGACAUUACCGUUGGUCGACCCAUAUAUUUCUUGCCGGCCAUUCAGGGAUCGUUCAAAGUUAUCGAUGAUUUAGCCAAACGAUUUCAUAGGCCAGUUGUCGGCAUCAAUUGGACGCGCGAUAUGGAUGGCAUAGAAUCGGUCAAUGAAUUGACCAAAUAUUUUAUAAAUCUAUUGAAUACUAUUCACAACAACAACAAUGAUUCGUAUGAUAUCGUCGGCUACUUUGACUGUGCAUUCAUUGCCACUAAAAUAGUCCGCAAGACUCGUGGUGUCAAACGAGCCGUUAUUAUUGAUAUACUAUCGGAAACACAGUUCAAUGAGGACGCGGUUACCAAUGAAUUUCUAUUGGAAUUUAUCUUUGAUUUCAUGACCAGUAAUAUACCGAAAAUAUUUAAGGAUAAGAUAUCUCGUGAUAUGAAAUCCGAGCCAAAUAUUGAGUCACGUCUUAGACGCGGAUGCAAUGAAAUCCGUGAGUUUGGCGGCAACGGUCUGAUGGCCACCGAUUUGGAAGAAAUUCUUCGUAAUUCAUUGAAACGGACAAAAAUGUUGGCCACUUAUAGAUCGCUGAAAAUAAAGAAAUUGAUUACAAAACAACAAAUCAAAUCCAAGAAUCUGAUGGAUAAAUGGGCUAAUAAUAGGCAAAAGCUAACAAUAAUCAAACCGUUUGAGUUCAACAAUAUUGAUGACGAAGAAGUAUUUGUCAAUAAAACAAAUCAGUUAUACUUUUUGCCAACAAAUCCGGAAACAAAUGAUUUGACAUUUGAUUUAAUUAAAGUCGACGAACACUCCCUAACAUUUGCAUCGGAAAAAAUUGGGUUAGAAUGA